AUAGCACCACGUGGUCAAUUUAAAGAAUAUAUAUUUAACUUCUGCUGAUGACUUUCACUUUUCCAUCAUCCAGUGGAAAUUAUAGCGAGGGCUUGUACAAUCCAGGUCAUGAUAAUGACAAUCCUAAUGAUGAUCCCACAUUUCUGGAGGAGUAGCGGUUGUGUGCCAUCCAUCCACAGAUCCGCGCUGUGGUCCUGAGUCUCUCUCUCUCUGUCUCCCCCUCCUGUCCUCAGCACCAGCCUGCGUUUCCCUCUAUUAUUUUCCACUCAGUUUCUCGCAGUUUAAAAUGGCGGCGUUGAGCAGCGCCGAGUCCCCACCGCCCGUCUUUAACGGAGACACCGCGGAGCGGGAGCCGGGCAGGGAGCCGGGCCUGGAGGAGCUGGGCGCCGGGCUGGACGCCUCCUGCGCGCCGGGGAUCCCCGGAGGUCCGCAGGAUGAGGAGAUCUGGAACAUUAAACAGAUGAUUAAGUUGACACAAGAACACUUAGAGGCUCUUCUGGACAAGUUUGGAGGAGAACACAACCCCCCCUCCAUAUAUCUAGAGGCCUAUGAGGAGUACACCAGUAAGCUAGACGCCCUGCAGCAGAGGGAGCAGCAGCUGUUGGAGGCCAUGGGGAACGGCACAGACUUCUCCUGCUCUCCCACAACCACGCCAGCCCUUCUGGAGGUCAAGAUGGGUAGCUGUGGGACCGGAGGGGGGGCUCAGGCCUUUCCUACUGCCCCCAACACGUUGGCUGUCCUGCAGACCCCCACCGACGCCAGCCGAGCCAACCCUCGCUCCCCGCAGAAACCCAUCGUGAGGGUCUUCCUGCCCAACAAACAGAGAACAGUGGUCCCAGCCCGCUGUGGGAUGACUGUGAGAGACUCGUUGAAGAAAGCUCUGAUGAUGCGAGGCCUCAUCCCCGAGUGCUGUGCCGUGUACAGGAUACAGGAUGGAGAGAAGAAGCCCAUUGGCUGGGACACAGACAUAUCCUGGCUGACAGGAGAGGAGUUACAUGUAGAAGUGUUGGAGAAUGUGCCACUUACCACACACAACUUUGUGAGGAAGACCUUCUUCACACUGGCCUUCUGUGACUUCUGCAGAAAGCUGCUCUUCCAGGGUUUCCGCUGUCAGACCUGCGGUUACAAGUUCCACCAGCGCUGCAGCACUGAGGUUCCGCUCAUGUGCGUCAACUACGACCAGCUAGACUUAUUGUUAGUGUCCAAGUUCUUUGAACAUCACCCGUUCACCCAGGAGGAGGUGUCCUCAGAGGGAACCACCCCCGUGUCUGAGGCCUGUCCGUCACUUCCCCCGUCUGACUCCAUGGGGUCUAUAUGCCACACCACUGUAUCACCGUCCAAGUCCAUACCCAUCCCGCCCAGUUUCCGGCCCAACGAGGAGGACCACCGCAACCAGUUUGGCCAGCGGGACCGUUCGUCCUCGGCCCCUAACGUCCAUAUUAACACCAUCGAGCCUGUCAACAUAGACGACCUGAUUCGAGAUCAGAGCUUACCACGGUCAGAUGGAGCCCCCCCGACCCACCCCGCCCGCUGCUUGAGGAAGCACCGAACACGGACCUCAAGCCCCCUCCUAUACUCCUACCCCAAUGACAUAGUGUUUGAUUUUGAGCCUGAGCCUGUUUUCCGAGGCUCCACCACAGGGCUGUCGGCCACGCCACCCGCCUCUCUACCCGGCUCCCUGACCAACGUCAAGGUUCCGCAGAAGUCGCCGUGUCAACAGAGGGAGCGCAAGUCGUCGUCCUCAUCUGAGGACCGCAAUAAGAUGCAGAAAACCCUGGGCAGAAGGGACUCCAGCGAUGACUGGGAAAUCCCAGAGGGUCAGAUCACUUUGGGUCAGAGGAUAGGCUCUGGAUCCUUUGGAACUGUCUUCAAGGGAAAGUGGCAUGGUGACGUGGCGGUGAAGAUGUUGAACGUCACCGCGCCCACGCCACAACAGCUCCAGGCCUUCAAGAACGAAGUGGGAGUCCUCAGGAAAACGCGUCACGUGAACAUCCUGCUGUUCAUGGGCUACACCACCAAGCCUCAGCUGGCCAUCGUAACCCAGUGGUGUGAAGGCUCCAGUCUGUACCACCACCUACACAUCAUCGAGACCAAGUUUGAGAUGAUCAAGCUGAUCGACAUCGCCCGGCAGACUGCUCAGGGCAUGGACUACCUGCAUGCGAAAUCAAUCAUCCACAGAGAUUUGAAGAGCAACAAUAUUUUCCUCCAUGAGGAUCUGACGGUUAAGAUCGGUGACUUUGGCCUGGCUACAGUGAAGUCCCGCUGGAGUGGCUCCCACCAGUUUGAGCAGCUGUCUGGAUCUAUUCUGUGGAUGGCCCCAGAGGUGAUCCGGCUGCAGGACAAGAAUCCCUACAGCUUCCAGUCAGACGUCUACGCCUUCGGCAUCGUGCUGUACGAGCUCAUGUCAGGAGCGCUGCCCUACUCCAACAUCAACAACCGAGACCAGAUCAUAUUCAUGGUGGGUCGAGGUUACUUGUCUCCUGACCUCAGCAAAGUGCGCAGCAACUGUCCAAAGGCCAUGAAGAGGCUGAUGGCCGACUGUCUGAAGAAGAAGAGGGAGGAGCGCCCUCUCUUCCCUCAGAUCCUAGCGUCCAUCGAACUGCUGGCUCGCUCGUUACCCAAAAUCCACCGCAGCGCCUCGGAGCCUUCGUUAAACCGAGCCGGGUUUCAGACAGAGGACUUCAGCUUGUACGCCUGCGCCUCACCCAAAACCCCCAUCCAGGCCGGUGGCUAUGGGGAGUUUUCAGCAUUUAAGUAAGUGCUGCAGAUCCCACCACUCCAUCCCUCGUCACUUCUCAAAAGUCUUGUGUCUCUGCGGUGGAUUCAUUACUGAAAAAAAAAAAAAGAAAAAUUUGUC